AUGAAGCAGGACAUCACCGUUGAGCAUGGACAACCAGCCCCCGAUGGCGGGUAUGGCUGGGUGGUCGUGGCUUGUGUCUUCUGGCUCCAGGUGAACACCUGGGGUAUAAAUGGAAGCUAUGGAGUGUUUCUUUCCUACUACAUGACCAACGAUGUGUUUCCCAACACCAGCUCUUUCGCCUUCUCCAUGAUCGGCGGGUUGUCGAUUGGCUGCGCUUACCUGAUGGCCCCCUUCACGGUCUACUUGAUCCGAACGCAUGGCACUCAUGCCACACUUGUUGGAGGCAUCAUCGUGCAAAGCGGAGGGUUGAUUGCAGCCUCCUUUGCGACCAAGACCUGGCAGCUCUUUCUAGCCCAGGGAGUUUGCUUUGGGACCGGCAUGGGCGUCAUCUAUAUGACGUACCUAGGCAUUCCAGCGCAAUGGUUUGAGCGCAAACGCAGUAUAGCAAACGCCAUCCCCGCGGCCGGAGCCGGGACGGGCGGGAUCAUCUACUCGCUGGCCAUCCAGUCCAUGAUCGAGAACAUUGGGCUCGCGUGGACGUACCGCACGCUCGCGCUGGUCUCGCUCACGGCGAAUCUGGUGAGCACGGCGUUCCUGCGCGACCGCAACAAGGCAACCGCGAGCCGCCAUACGGCGUUCAAGUUCCCCUUGCUCAAGCGGAUGGAAUUCGUGAUGCUGCUAGGAUGGGCGAUCUUCAGCACGAUCGGGUUUGUGGCGAUCAACUUCAGCCUGCCGAACUUCGCCGCCUCGAUCGGCCUGUCGUCCCACCAGGGCAGUGUGGUCGGCGCGCUGCAUAACCUGGGCCAGGGGGUCGGGCGGCCGCUUAUUGGGCUGCUGAGCGACCGGCUGGGCCGGCUGAACGUCGCGACGGUGCUGUCAUUGGUCUGCGCGGGUUUCUGCUUCGCGAUCUGGAUCCCGGCCCAAGAUAUGGCGGUGGUGUCGGUAUUUGCUACGAUCGGGGGCAUGGUAUCGGGUACCUUCUUUGCCACGGUGGCCCCGGUGAUUGUCGAGGUGAUUGGGCUGCAAGACCUGCCUGGGGCGCUGAGCAUCCUGUGGCUCGUUCUGAUCACGCCCGGGGCGUUUGGCGAGGCGAUUGCGCAGGCCCUACGGCGGCCGGCAUGGGGCACGGCGGCAUACCAGCAGGUGCAGGUCUUUUCGGGGAUGGUCUACAUCGCGGCGGCGCUGUGCCUGUGGUUCGUGCGAGGGUGGAAAGUCCAACAGAACCAGCGGGCGGAAUGCGAGCAAGCGAGUCAGCACAAGAAUCUCACCGACGUGGUGGUGUGCGCCAAAGAGGAAGAAGCCGGGAGGAAGUCGGUCUGGAGAGAUCCCGUUGGGCUUGGAAGGGAAAUGGUGCGUUGGUAUCGAGUGUGA